AUGUCAGAAUACAUUUUUGAAGAAUCUUUGAUUUCAGAUAUUAUUCAAGGAGAAUUACCAAGAGGUGUUACUCAAUGUUUAGAUCAACUUUCAGUCAUGGGUGAUAUAUCAGAAGAAAAUUUUAUCGAUCGAUUCGAAAAGAUGAAAAGAGCUGGGGGAUAUUACAUUAUUGUUAUUGAAAAUGAUGAGAAAAGAGUUGUGGCUACUGGAACUUUAUUUGUUGAGAUGAAGUUUAUAAGAGGUUGCGGAAAAGCGGGUCAUAUCGAAGAUAUUGUUGUACAUGAUUCUCAAAGAGGAAAGAGUUUUGGAAAAAAGAUCAUUGAGCAACUUAAAGAUAUUGGCAGUAAGGUAGAUUGUUACAAGAUCAUCUUGGAUUGUAAAGAACAUAACGUUCCUUUCUACAAUAAAUGUGGUUUAGAACGUAAAGAAGUGCAAAUGGCUUAUUAUUAUAAUGAAGAAAAGAAAAAUCAAAAUUUGCAUGUUGGAAAUGGUGUACUAUCUAAGGAAAAAGAAUAA